AUGAAUGAGAACAAUCAGACUAAGGUUACACAGAUCUUUCUUGCUGGAUUUCAAAGCUUCCAGAACCUUAAUAUAUUUCUUUUUGUUUUGAUCCUUACCAUUUACUGUGUUACAAUAUGUGGGAACGUCAUCAUCAUUCUCUUGGUGUCAUACUGUGAAAACCUCCAUUCGCCCAUGUACUUUUUCCUGAGGCAUCUCUCCAUCUCCGACAUCAUGUUGACCACAAACAUUGUCCCAAGCAUGCUUCAUGUCAUACUGAACAAUGGAGCCACAAUGUCCCUCGCUGGCUGCAUCACUCAGUUCUAUUUCUUCGGCGUUUCCGAAUGCUUAGAAUGUCUCCUCUUGACGGUUAUGUCUUACGACAGAUAUUUAGCAAUCUGUAACCCAUUGCGGUAUACCAUAUUGAUGAGCCAUGUAACGUGUCUGAAAUUAGUUAGCACGUCUUGGUUAGUGAGCUGUAUUACUAUACUGAUUGACACAAUACCGACAUCUCAACUAGAUUUUUGUGGAUCAAAUGUCAUUGACCAUUUUUUCUGUGACCUUGCCCCCCUACUUGACAUAUCUUGUUCAGACACUUCCGAAGUUCAGCUCAUAGUCAUGUCGCUGUGUAUUCCUAUUUUAAUACCACCAUGCAUUGGUAUUUUUGUGUCAUACCUUUAUAUUUUCUUCACUAUUCUAAGAAUUCCGUCUAUUACUGGAAGACAGAAAGCGUUCUCCACCUGCAGUUCCCAUCUUUCCGUGGUGUUUAUAUUCUUUAUAACACUGAUGUGCAUUUAUAUGCUUCCUACGAAAGGACAGUCUUUGAACAUUGGCAAGGCUGUAUCUCUCCUAUACACGGUAGUGACCCCAUUACUUAAUCCGAUCAUAUAUUCCCUGCGAAAUAAAGACAUUAGACAAGGCUUUGAGAAAAUCCUAAAUUCUAAAAGUAUCCAGCACUAA